UCAUUUUUGCACUCCGCGAUCAAAUGAGCAGCCGUGAUUAUAUAGUCUGAAAAAUGACCAGCAACUGUCGAUAAUCAAGAAUAAAACAAUGAAGAAAAAGAAGGAUCUUGGAUUAUCUCGGUCAGAAUUAAUGUUGAAAACAAUUACAGAGAUUAUCAGUGAAUUAAUCAGUGCGCAUGAAAAAAAAGAAGAUGUAAAUUUGAACAAAUUAAAAAGUUCAGUUUCUCGAAAAUAUGGACUUGCGUCACAACCAAGACUUGUUGAUAUAAUUGCUGCUGUGCCUGCAAACUACAAAAAAGUAUUGCUUCCAAAACUGAAAGCAAAACCUGUUAGGACAGCAUCUGGGAUUGCUGUUGUGGCUGUCAUGUGCAAACCACAUCGCUGUCCACACAUUAGCAUGACUGGAAAUAUAUGUGUUUACUGUCCUGGUGGACCAGACUCGGAUUUCGAAUACUCAACACAGUCAUACACAGGGUAUGAACCUACAUCAAUGAGAGCAAUACGAGCUCGCUAUAAUCCUUUUCUACAGACACGUCAUCGAGUAGAACAGCUGAAAUCAUUGGGCCACAACGUUGACAAAGUUGAGUUUAUUGUGAUGGGUGGGACAUUUAUGGCAUUAGAUGAAGAAUAUCGAGAUUAUUUUAUACGUAAUCUCCAUGACGCCUUAUCUGGUCACACAAGUAGUAAUGUAGAAGAGGCUGUGAGAUAUUCAGAGAAGAGUAAAACAAAAUGUAUCGGUAUAACAAUAGAAACGCGACCAGAUUAUUGUUUGAAAAGACAUUUGAGCUCAAUGUUGAUCUAUGGUUGCACUCGCUUAGAGAUAGGUGUACAAAGUGUCUAUGAAGAUGUGGCUAGAGAUACAAAUCGUGGGCACACUGUGAAAGCUGUUUGCGAAUCCUUCCAGCUUGGCAAAGAUUCUGGUUACAAAGUGAUAGCACAUAUGAUGCCCGACCUUCCAAAUGUUGGACUUGAACGAGACAUUGAACAAUUUAUAGAAUUUUUUGAAAACCCAGCAUUUCGAGCUGAUGGCUUAAAAAUAUAUCCAACAUUAGUGAUUAGAGGUACUGGGCUAUACGAACUUUGGAAGACAGGGAGAUAUAAAAGCUACCCACCUGGAACAUUGGUUGACUUGGUUGCACGUAUAUUAGCUCUUGUACCUCCAUGGACAAGAGUGUAUCGUGUUCAACGUGAUAUACCGAUGCCACUUGUAACAUCUGGUGUUGAGCAUGGCAACCUAAGAGAAUUAGCUCUCGCACGAAUGAAGGAUUUUGGCACUGAGUGUCGCGAUGUGCGUACAAGAGAAGUGGGUAUACAAGAAAUACACAAAAAUGUCCGUCCUUAUGAGAUUGAAUUGAUCCGAAGAGAUUAUGUUGCCAAUGGAGGUUGGGAAACUUUCUUAUCUUAUGAAGAUCCUGAUCAAGACAUUUUGGUUGGGUUGCUUCGACUGCGCAAAUGUUCAGAUGAAGUGUUUAGACCAGAACUAAAAGGUGGUUGUUCAGUGGUGCGCGAACUUCAUGUUUAUGGAAGCGUUGUACCUGUCAGUUCGCGUGAUCCUACCAAGUUCCAACAUCAGGGUUUUGGUACACUGUUGAUGGAGGAAGCAGAAAACAUUACAAGGAAUGAACAUUUCUCGAAAAAGAUAGCUGUUAUCUCUGGUGUCGGUACUAGGGAUUAUUAUCGUAAGCUAGGAUAUGAGCUUGAUGGGCCGUACAUGUCGAAAAUGCUGACUUGUUAAUAUAGUAACAGUGAUCAAGCGAGACAGUGAAAUAUCAAGCAAGACAAAAAAUUUGUAACUGAGGGAUACGAAAUUGAUGUAAUGAAUGGAAGGUUGAGAAUUUGAUUGUAGAUGGAAAUUCCCAUCCAAUCCACAGCACAAACAAAUGAAUGAUAAAAGUAAACAUAUACAAAUGGAAUUUUAAUGAAUAUAGUAAAGUACUUUUUUUAGUCUGAACAAGAUAGGAGAGAGGAAAGAACUUAAUGUACACACAAAAGUUUGCUUGAAUAUUGUAACGAACAAUAAGACUUUUUGUAGGUUCAUUAAAAAAGAUAUAUCCUAUGUUUA